AUGCGCUUCUCGAUUGCCGUGGCCUGCCUAGCAGUCACCACCAACGCCGCCAACGCGACGCCCAAUGCCAUCGGCGCGAGCUCUCUGCAGGAUCCUGGCAUUCAUGUCUUUAUCAGUUCCAGAAAUAACCACGCCUACAACAAAUACGAUGCUGUGAAUGUAAAACUGAAGUUUCAAGUCUGCCGGCACAGACAGGCGCCUAAAAAGCGGCAUGAUACACGCUGCGGCGGCCGGGUGCGCAAGAACGAUCCAAGCGAGCAGGUCAUCUCUACCAAGGGCGCUGAAGAUCUGAGCCUGAGCGUUCGAUGUGCUUAUCAAAUCGAAGAACGGAAAUGA